AUGACAGAAUCCAAGCUCACUCCAACUGAGUUAUCUCCAACGGGCCCGCCGACGACGGUGACAGCUAGCGCAGGAAAUACCCCGAUCAAUAAUGAAACCUCAUUUGAUCGCUGGAAUCGAAAGUUGCGGAUGACCACCGGGCUCGGGCUGAAGUCGAGCGAGGAAAAACAAGAGUGGCUCCUGAGUCGUUGCCGAGGUUGGAAAGACGAUUUGGUAGAGACGAGCCCAGUGAUCCGAUACCUAUUGCAGCACAUAUCGACCUUGCCUGUGCCGGAUUCGCAACCAUCAUCCAGUGAAGCUUCUCGACCGACUCGCUCGAUACCCAUUCCAAUUAACUGUGGGAUUUGUAGUCCGAUGCGCUCCGCCGGUUUAUUUUCUCCAAACGAACCAGACCCUUCAUCUCCAACUGGAGGCCAAGUCAAAUUAUGCGCAGAUUCGCUGGCCUCAAAAGCACACCUGGAGGAUGUGCUAUCUCACGAAUUAAUCCAUGCAUACGACCAUAGACGAUUCGACAUUGAUUGGACGAAUUUGCGACAUAUUGCUUGUACUGAAAUUCGUGCCAACGCCCUAUCCGGGGACUGCAAAUGGACUCGCGAGGUCGAUCGUCACAACUUCAACUUUGCAAGACAGCGUCAGAUCUGUGCCCGGCGGCGGGCAAUUCUCUCAGUUGCCCAACAUAUCUCAGCGGGUUCCCAGCCAUCAGGUUCGGGGGAUCAGGCUACUUCUUCCAAGACGCUAGCGUCUGAACAGGCAGAGAAAGUGGUGGACCAAGUUUGGAGUAGCUGUUGGAGCGACACUCGCCCAUUUGAUGAAAUAUACUAG